AGUAGACAAAUUGUAACCAAACCAGAAACCAAAGAUCAUUAGAGUUAAAUUAAGAGUGAAUAAUGGAGGAAUCCAAAGUUGUUAGCAAGAAUAGCCUCUUUACAAUUUGUCCUCAAAAAUGUGAUGAAGAUGCUCGUGUAUCCGCAAUGUUGCUUAGUGCUACUAUGGUGUACCCUGCAGUACUGAAUGCCGCUAUUGAGCUCAACCUGUUUGAGAUCAUAGCCAAGGCAACACCACACGGUUCACUCAUGUCAUCUCAUGAAAUUGCUUCUAAGCUCCCAAACCAGCACCCUGACUUGCCCAAUAGGCUUGAUCGCAUGCUACGUUUGCUUGCUAGUUAUUCUGUUCUCACCAGUUCAACACGCACCACACAACACGGUGCCACCGAGACAGUUUACGGACUCUCACAACUUGGACAAUACUAUGCCCCUGAUGCAACUAGAGGCUACUUCGCUUCAUUUGCAUCCUUUCUCUCUUGUCCUGCACUAUCACCACUUUGGCUGAAUUUCAAGGAAGCAGUGGUUGAUGCAGACGUUGAUUUGUUCAAGAAACUUCAUGGGGUAACAACGUACCAGUACAUGGAAAAGAAUCCAAAAAUGAACGAAAUUUUUAACANGUNUAUGGCGGAUUUGUGNGNANCAGAUAUGAAUAGAAUACUUGACAUAUAUANUGGAUUUGAGGGAAUAUCAACGUUGGUUGAUGUNGGAGGUGGAAAUGGACAAAACCUNAAAAUGAUAGUCUCCAAAUACCCUUCAAUUAAAGGAAUUAAUUUUGAUCUGCCCCAAGUCAUUGAGAAUGCACCACUGCUAUCAGGGGUUGAGCAUGUUGGAGGAGAUAUGUUUGCAAGAGUUCCAGAAGGUGACGCCAUGACACUAAAGGCUGUGUUGCACAAUUGGUCUGAUGAGAAGUGCGUAGAAAUUUUGAGUAAUUGUCGCAAAGCACUGUCUGGAGAUGGGAAGGUGGUCGUUCUGGAGUUCAUAAUGCCAGAAAAACCAGAAGCAACUGAACAAUCUCAGCUUGUUUCGAGCCUGGACAACCUUAUGUUUAUCACAGCAGGUGGAAAGGAAAGAACUGAGAAAGAGUACGAGAAUUUGUGCAAGCUCGCUGGUUUUUCAAAAUUUAAUGUUUCUUGUCAUGCGUCGUCCGGGCCGGGAGUGAUGGAAUUCUACAAAUAGGUUAAUAAUAAUAAGGAAAAUGAUAAUAAUAAAUAGUUCAGGAUUUAAAGGUCAAAGUGUGGGGAUCAAACACUAAAGACUUUUAUGGGAGGUGUGGGGUACCACUUUCUUGUUCACUUUAUGUCUUGUGAUGUAACGUUUACAUUUAAAUAAU